GCGGGCGGCGGCACGCCGCUUACAUGGCGCGGCGCUGAGGGACCCGCCGGCGGCACACCGCCACCACGACCUGGAGGACGAGGCGCCGCCAGCCCUGCCCUGCCCCGGACUUAAAAUGGCAGGAGAAGAUUCCUAUAUUAUGGGAGUAUCUGAUCCCCAAAUGUUUGCAAUGGAUCAGUUCAUGGGAAUGAAUGCAUUAUUUAAUAGUACAAAUUACAUCACUUCAGACUUACCAAUCCGAACAGCAGAUGGACCAUAUCUUCAAAUCAUAGAACAGCCAAAACAGAGGGGGUUUCGUUUUCGAUACGUGUGCGAAGGACCUUCACAUGGUGGACUUCCUGGUGCUUCUAGUGAAAAGAACAAAAAAUCUUACCCUCAGGUCAAAAUCUGCAAUUAUGUUGGACCUGCAAAAGUAAUUGUCCAGUUAGUAACUAAUGGGAAAUACGUCCACUUACAUGCUCACAGCUUGGUGGGUAAAUUUUGUGAAGAUGGAGUGUGCACAGUUAAUGCAGGACCUAAAGAUAUGGUUGUAGGGUUUGCAAAUCUUGGAAUACUUCAUGUCACAAAGAAGAAAGUGUUUGAAACUCUGGAAACACGCAUGAUAGAUGCUUGCAAGAAGGGAUACAACCCAGGACUCCUGGUGCAUCCUGAACUCGGCUAUCUGCAGGCAGAAGGAUGUGGAGACAGACAGCUAACUGAACGAGAGAGAGAAAUUAUCCGCCAGGCAGCGAUACAGCAAACUAAAGAAAUGGAUCUCAGUGUCGUGCGUCUCAUGUUUACAGCCUUUCUUCCUGACAGUAAUGGCAGUUUCACACGGAAACUCGAUCCCGUUAUAUCAGAUGCAAUAUAUGACAGCAAAGCUCCCAAUGCCUCCAACUUAAAAAUUGUAAGAAUGGACAGAACAGCAGGGUGUGUGACAGGAGGGGAAGAGAUUUACCUUCUCUGUGACAAGGUUCAGAAAGAUGAUAUUCAAAUACGUUUCUAUGAAGAGGAUGAGAAUGGUGGUAUGUGGGAAGGCUUUGGAGAUUUUUCUCCUACAGAUGUACAUAGACAGUUUGCUAUCGUGUUCAAAACCCCCAAGUAUCGCGAUGUCAAUAUCACAAAGCCGGCAUCUGUGUUUGUACAACUGCGGAGGAAAUCGGAUCUGGAAACAAGCGAACCAAAGCCUUUCCUCUACUACCCAGAAAUUAAAGAUAAAGAAGAAGUGCAAAGGAAGCGACAGAAGCUCAUGCCUAACUUCUCUGAUGGCUAUGGUGGAGGCAGUGGCACUGGAGGUGGUGGCAUGUAUGGAGGGGGAGGUGGCGGUGCUGGCUCUGGGUUCAGUUAUCCUUCAUAUGGAUACUCUGCUUUUGGAGGGAUGCACUUCCACCCUGGCACAACAAAGUCCAAUGCUGGAAUGAAACAUGAAGGACUAUCAAAUAGCACAGCUGAACAAACCAGGAAGAGCUCUGAUAAACAAAGUGACAAAUGGGACAUGAAACAUGAUGUGAAGGUGGAAACUGUGGAGAGGACUGUGUGCAGAAUGUCUGCUGAUAAUGAGGAGAAGGAGGAUGCUGCUUCUUCCUGUAAAACUGAAGUAAACGAAGCAGAUUUCAGGUGGCAGGAUUCUCUGUUCCUGGAGAAGGCCAUGCAGCUUGCCAAGCGUCACUGCAACGCUCUCUUUGAUUAUGCUGUGACUGGAGAUGUGAAGAUGCUGUUGUCUGCUCAGCGCCAUCUCACUGCUGUCCAGGAUGAUAAUGGAGACAAUGUCCUUCAUUUAGCAAUUAUCCACCUUCAUAGUGAGCUGGUGAAAAACCUCUUGGAAGUGAUGCCAGAUUUGAAUUACAAUGACAUCAUUAAUAUGAGAAAUGACCUCUAUCAGACCCCCUUGCACCUGGCAGUAAUCACAAAGCAGGCAGAGGUGGUAGAAGACUUGCUGAGGGCUGGAGCAGAUGUCAGCCUCCUGGAUCGCCAUGGUAAUUCUGUCUUACAUUUAGCUGCUGCUGAAGGAGACGACAAGAUCUUGAGUCUGCUCCUCAAGCAUGAGAAGAUAUCUCCGAUGGUCAACCUUUCCAAUGGUGAAGGUCUCAGUGCAAUUCACAUGGUAGUGAUGGCAAACAGUAUGUCCUGCCUCAAACAGCUGAUUGCUGCUGGAGUUAAUGUCAAUUCUCAGGAACAAAAAUCUGGACGAACUGCAUUACAUUUGGCUGUUGAACAAGAGAACAUCCCUUUGGCAGGCUGCCUUUUGCUUGAGGUAAGGGUCACUUUAGAAGAAUUAGAUCUGAAUAUUUAUUGGAACAUUUUUUCCCCCUCUUUAUAUUGGAGAGUAGCACUACACAGAGAUGUGACAGCAUUUAAAUGUGCAAAUCCUCACAUUGAGAACUUUGAGCCAUUGUUUGAUCUAGAUGAUGUGAAAGAUGCUGAAGAUGAUGAUGAAGGGAUUGUGCCUGGAACAACACCGCUGGAUAUGGCAGCCAACUGUGAGGUGUAUGACAUAUUAAAUGGGAAACCCUACCAGUCAACAGAAGUUUCGGAGGAGUUGCUGACACGAGGAAACUUGAGAGAGCUGAAUGAAAGUUCCAAGAUGCAGCUUUACAAACUAUUGGAAUUGCCUGAUCCUACCAGAAACUGGUCCACUCUAGCACAAAAACUGGGUCUUGGCAUACUUAAUAAUGCCUUCAGGUUGAGCCCUUCUCCAUCGAAAACUCUGCUAGAUAACUAUGAGGUCUCUGGUGGUACAGUUCAGGAGCUGAUUGCUGCUUUGAGGCAGAUGAAUCACACAGAAGCCAUUGAAGUCAUUCAGGAAGCAUUAUCCAUCUCACACAGCCCAUCUCACCUGGAGAAGAGUACAGCAAAAGCUCUUCCGUCGUCAUCACCACUCACCUUUGCAAGUGGAGAGACAGGUGAGCUUUAUAACAGCAAAUUUCAAGACAACGAAAGCACGUGUGACAGCGGUGUGGAGACCUCGUUCCGCAAACUGAGUUUUACUUAUUCAGACUCUCUGAACAGCAAGUCAUCACUAACACUGAGCAAAAUGGCCCUGGGCUACGGACAUGGAAGUUCAGUCCAAAGCAAUUAUAUAGCCGAAUAGUAAUGUUCAAUUAGCAAUAUGCAGUUACAUGAACAAAUGCAACAUUAAAAAUUACAUCAGUGUUGUCCUGGUCAGAGGGAAGUGAAUUCACAACCAAAAGUGCACUGGAAGAAUCCCACUCGAACCAGAAGCAAUGGCAACUUCAGCAUGCAACUCCUAGGCACUGCUUCCUUCCUCAAGUACAUUUAAUUUUAUUCAUUUACAAGCCAUAUACAAUAACCAGGGCUCUACUGCCAUAUUAAUACACAGGACUGGACGCUAUGAAAGACUGACUGAGCUUUUCUGGGUUGUGAGGAUUUUCUUUUACAGAUGAAAGUCACUCCUUAAAGCAUAAUAUGAACUCAAAAAAGAAGUAAGGCACACAGAGCAAUCAAAGGAUACAGUUUCUAGCCGGUCUCUUCAUAAUUUUUGCAGCACAGUUGCACGAAAAGAGCUCCUAAUAUAGCUGGCAAAGAAAAAUCAUUAAUCGUAACAGUGACAAUUCAGAGAAAAAAAGAAAAUCCUAAAAAAAAGAAUCUUGUAUAUUUCAAAUAAUGUAUUUAAAUUUCACUUUGGUGCCUGUUAUUCAAAAUCUUUUUCCAGUUUGGCAUUUUCCUACUUGUAAAUAGUUUUUUUAUAUCUGUUCGUGUUUGACAAAGUGGGCUUUUUAAAUGCUUAUUUUUAUUUUACUUUUAUAAUAAAACCCUAAAAUUAAUUCUCUUGUCUAUGCUUGCUGUGAUUUUUCCAUAUCUUUCAAGUAGAGUUAUUGAAGAUUUAGCAUUUCAAUUUUAGUCAUUGAUACAAGAGCAUGCUGAUUUCCAAAUACUAAAAUAAAUAAAGGGUUGCAAGC